AUGAGUCAACAACAAGAACAAGAACAAGGUCAAGAUGAAUUCAUUGCAGUUAAUGAAGUAGAUGAAGUUUAUGAAGGUGCUAAUGAACCAGAACCAAUAAGUGAUGAUGAAGAUGUUGAAGAAAUUCAACCAGAACAAGAUCAAGAUCAAGAUGAACAAAUAGAAGGUGGUGAAGAUAGAAUUGAGAUAGAUAUGUCAAAUAACUCAUGGGGUUACUUUGAUAAACAUGAAGAUUCAGUCUUUACUGUAAUUGCACAUCCAACAUUACCAUUAGUUGCUUCUGGUGGUGGUGAUAACACUGUUUAUUUAUGGACUUCACAUUCACAACCACCAAAAUUCGCACAACAAAUCAAAGGUCAUAAUGAAUCAAUUAUUACAGGUGGUUUUACAGGUGAUGGUGAAUUUUUAAUUACUGGUGAUAUGGCUGGUAAGAUCUUAAUACAUCAAUCCACAAAGAAAGGUCAAGUAUGGAAAUUAUUUGGUGAAUUAGAAGAAACUGAAGAAAUUGUAUGGAUUUCAGUACAUCCAAAACAACCAGUAUUUGCAUUUGGUGGUGCUGAUGGUUCUGUUUGGGUUUAUCAAAUCACACCAAGUGUUGAACAAAUAAUGAGUGGGUUUGCACAUCAACAAGAAAGUACUGGAGGUGUUUUCGUUAAUGUUGAUGAUUUAGAUGCAUUACAUUUAGUUACCAUUUCAACUGAUGGUUCAAUUGUUGGUUGGAAUGCCUUUACUGGUUCAGCAGAAUUUAAAUUAUCAGAAACUGCAUUUAAAGGUCAAACAAUUCCUUGGAUUUCAAUUAAAUUACAACCAAAUUCAAAUAUUUUAGCUAUUGGAUCAAAUGAAGGUACAUUAGCUAUAGUGAAUAUAACUAAUGGUUCAGUCUUGACUACUUUCAGAGUUGUUGAAUUAAAAGAAGAUCAAGAAGAAUUAGAUGCCAGUAUAGAAACCAUUUCAUGGUCAACAGAAUUACCAUUAAUAGCACUUGGUUUAGUUUCAGGUGCAAUUAUUUUAUUUGAUACAAAGACAUGGAAGGAAAGACAUUCAAAAUUAUUAGAAGAUGCUGUUACAAAAUUAGAAUUUGUACCAGGUACACCAUAUUUAGUUGGUUCUUCAAUGGAUUCAAGAAUUUAUAAAUGGGAUUCAAGAACUGGUGAAGAAGUUUUCAAAGGUGUUGGUCAUAAUAUGGGUGUUUUAGAUUUUAGUGUUAUUGAAAACGGUAAUAAAUUGAUUACUGCAGGUGAUGAAGGUGUUUCUUUAUUAUUUGUUACUAAUGAAGAAAUUUUAUAG